CAAGACUCUUCCCCCAUUAUUACUGCAUCAUAUAUAUCUCCUUUCUCUUUUCUUUUUCUUCUUCCAGUUGAUGAAUUCAAUCCAAAUCAUCACUCUUUCGUUUCACAAACAUUACAUUUGUAUGUAGCAACCCCUUCUGAGAAACCAUUUCCUGCCUUGCAAAGCCGGAGUUGGGUGGUUUCAGCUUUUCCGGAAGCAUUGUUUCUUUGUAUGCUAAAGUUGUGAUUUUUAUUUCAUCUUUUGAUCAAGAAAUUUGUUCGAGGGGAUGGGAGUUCUGUCGACGACGGAGGAGGUGGUGGACGAGGUUAUGAGGCUUCAUCGAUCUCUGCCGGCUCGGCCGGGAAUCGAAGAGGUGGAGGCGGCGAAGGCCUUUAUAGCCGCCGUGGAGAGGGAGGAUCUGCUGAAACUCGACUCGAUCGCGAGGCAGAUCAAAGGGAGAGAUGUUCCUGAAGAUCUUUUCAACGUGUUGCGGGAAAUGCAGAGGGCCAUGGUUGAUUUGCAGAGCAAAGAGCAGAAGAGGGAGGUGCUGAAACUGUUGGAUCUCGAGCAUGCUCAUUCUGUGUUUGACGAUUUGCUUCAGAGAGCUUCGAAGUGCUUGCCUUCUUCCACCUCUCCCACUUAUGCUCCCUCGACUGCAUCAAGCUUAAAUUCCAGCAGUUUGUCGUCUCUGGCUACUUCCGCUUCCAUGUCAGGUAGCAGUUUUGGGUCUCCUGCAACUGCCACUAUUGUCAAUCCUUUGUUUUCUGGGUUUCACAACGAUAGAGAGCCUCUGAAAGCCUCUGAGUUUCAUAGUAAAGACGACAGUUAUUUGAAAAAGGCUAAAACGGCAUUUUACAUGGAUGGAACUGGUGCAGAUCGAAGAUCAGAUUAUACCCCUGCUGUUUCCAUGAUUCUUGAUUCCACAUUAAAGCCCGCAACUUGUCCAAGUGGAAAUGGUGAGAAACUGAGCUUGAUCAAGCUUGCUAGUCUCAUUGAACUGACUGCCAAAAAGGGAACUCCAGACAACCUUAUGCUUCAAAACAAACUGUCUGAUCAAGUUGACUGGCUCCCUGAAUCAAUAGGGAAGUUAACAAGACUAAUUACCUUAGAUUUGUCUGAAAACCGGAUUUCUUCCCUACCAGCUUCAAUAGGGAAACUCUAUUCGCUAAAGAAACUCGAUUUGCACGGAAACAAAAUCACUGACCUUCCUGAUUCCAUUGGAAAUCUCUUAACCUUGAUUAACCUUGACUUGAGUGGAAACCAAUUAAAGUCAUUACCACUUUCCAUAUCUAAAUUAAUCCACCUCGAGGAACUCGAUUUGAGCUCUAAUUCCCUCUCUACCCUCCCCGAGACUAUCGGCUCUCUCUCAAGUCUCAAAAGAUUGAUUGUGGAAACAAAUGAUCUCGAGGAACUUCCUCACACCAUUAGCCAGUGUACAUCGCUUGUAGAGCUUCGGGUAGACUAUAAUAGGCUCAAAGCUCUACCCGAAGCCGUAGGAAAAAUGGGAGCUUUGGAGAUUCUGUCCGUGAGAUACAAUAAUGUGAGGCAAUUGCCUACCACGAUGGCAUCAAUGGCAAGUUUGAAGGAGCUCAAUAUAAGUUUCAAUGAAAUUGAAUCUGUUCCAGAGAGCUUGUGCUUUGCUACCACACUGGUAAAACUUAACAUUAGCAACAAUUUCGCUGACCUUCGAUGUCUGCCAAGGUCUAUUGGGAACCUUGAGAUGCUUGAGGAAUUGGAUAUGUGUAAUAAUCAGAUAAGGAAUCUGCCGGACUCGUUCAGGAUGCUCUCGAAAUUGAGAAUCUUCAAAACGGAAGGGAAUCCGCUGGAAGUUCCGCCUAAAAACAUUUUGGAAAAGGGAGCUCAGGCUGUUGUUGAGUACAUGGCAGAAAAUUAUGCCAAGAGAGAUCUGAAGUCACAACCUCUGAAGCAGAAGAAGUCAUCCUGGACUCAAAGAUGCUUCCUUUCAAGAUCCAACAAACGCAAGCGCAACGUGGAAUAUGUGAAAACCUAAAAUGACCAUAUUUCUUUCAGGAAAUGCAAGCUGGCUGGAGAUGCUAACACGUUGGUUGAGCUCAACCAUUUUUUGCUAAAAAUCAACUUCCUUUUACACAUAUGGCCCUGAUCCUUGCAGUUAAAUUUGUAUAUUUUUAUUUAUAUUUCUUGGUAUAGUAAUAUUAAAUUUUUUUAUUUAAAUUUUUAUACACCUGUAUUGUUUAUGAUAUUCUUAAAUGAGGUGUACAAUUCAGUCCCGAAGCAGGGAGUGAGGGCCAAAAUGUUGCAUUCAGUCCCAUCAAUUUAAUUAUUAACUACGGAGUAAUGGAUAUGCAUUUGUUCGUGGCUA